AUGGCAGGUGCUCCAAAUAAGCGCCAGAAACGGGAGGAAUACAGAAAGAUCCACGAGAGCCUGAAAGCUGGCGGCGAUGCCUCUGCAGGCAGCAGGAUCGCACUGCCCAAGAAAAAGUUCUACCGCCAACGCGCACAUGCAAAUCCCUUCUCAGACCAUGCGUUGGAAUACCCCGCGAGUCCGGCGGAUAUGGAUUGGUCGACACACUACCCUGCAUUUGUGGAAUCCAAACCGGAGGCCGGCGCACCGUGUAAAAUGUCCAAAGACGUUGAGAUAGCAGAUAUUGGCUGCGGGUUUGGCGGCCUGUUGAUUGCACUCUCACCAAUAUUUUCAAAUAAAUUGAUCAUCGGCAUGGAACUACGCUUUCAAGUGACCGACUACGUGGUUACCAGAAUUGCAGCGCUGCGGGCUCAAAAUAGGGACAACCCUCAGUCGAUCAACGAUGGACCAGGUUUGUAUCAGAACAUAUCUGCUCUCCGCACCAACACCAUGAAGUUUCUACCGAACUACUUCCGGCACGGGCAGCUGUCCAAGGUCUUUUUAUGCUUCCCCGACCCCCAUUUCAAACAGAGAAAACACAAGGCUCGCAUUGUGUCAGCCCAGCUCAAUGCCGAAUAUGCGUACGUGAUCAGACCAGGCGGCCUAGUAUAUACGAUCACGGACGUCGAAGAACUGCAUCAAUGGAUGGUGAAACACUUUGACGGAGAGGAAGCCGGAGACGCCCGAGAACUGUGGGAACGAGUAACUCAAGAAGAGCUCGACGAGGAUCCGUGCGUCAAAAUCAUGAGCGAAGAGACCGAGGAGUCGAAGAAGGUCACCAGGAAUGGAGGGCAGAAAUUCAUUGCCGUCUUCAGGAGGAAGGAGAACCCCGAGUGGCCUCACUGA